AUGGAAAGUUCUGACGCCGAUGUCGCAAUUGUACAGGAACCCUAUUACUAUAAUUCUUUUUUACCAAUUUUUCCUUCUUCCUACCGGAUUUUCUUUGAUACCAAUAGUGACACCAUCAAAGCUGCUAUUAUUAUUCGGAAUAAGCAAGUAUCUAUCUUUUUAGAUUUAAAGAAUCUUAGCUACAAUAUGGUUCUUCUUCAUGCUUCUUACCUUAAGUCCGAGUUUAUUUUGCUUUCAUACUAUUUUGAACCCAGUAAAAAUAUUGAAGAUGAUCUUAGCAAAAUUAAUGAUGCUCUUUCUACUAAAAACUGCAGUAAAUUAAUUUGGGCUAUGGAUGCCAAUAGUAAAUUUGAAAUAUGGUUCAGUCCUUUUUCGGAUUCGCGCGGUGCUAAGCUCUGUGAUUUUUUUAGCAUGUAUCAUCUUUUCGUGAUUAACGAAGAUUGCGGCCCCACUUUUUGCGGUUCCCAGGGUUCCAGCUAUAUUGAUGUUACUGUUGUGGGAACUGAUCUUCUUGGUGAUGUUUCUAGUUGGAGUAUUCCAGACUAUGAAUCUUUGUCGGAUCAUCUUACUAUUGAAUUUGAUAUUGCUCUUUCUCCUCAUAUUUCUUCGUCAAUUUAUCAACCAAUUCGCUUUAAUGUUAACAAAGCAAAGUGGGACCGUUUCUACUUUUUCUGCAAGGAUAAAAUUGACAAUCUUACUAACCUCUUAGAUUCCUGUACGGAUCGUAAUUCUCUUUACACUAUCACUGAUGACUUAGGUUCUGUUAUCUACCAAGCUUCUAAGCUUUCAAUGCCUAUUAAGAAACACGGAGCUCAUAAAGUGCCCUGGUGGACCACAGAAAUUAACUGUAUGAGGAAACAAGUUAAUGCAGCAAGGCGAAGAUUUCAAAGAACUCAUAACUCUUCUAUAAGAGAGCUCUACAGACAAAAAUAUCUACAACUCAAAAAAAUUUACGGUAAUAAACUUCUGGACGCAAAACUUUCUUCUUGGAAAGAAUUUCUAAAUACGAUUAAUGUACAUAAUGUUUGGAAACAAAUUUAUACUUAUGGUAUAAAGCGAAAUUUCACCAAAAGAAUUGAAAUUACUGGCAUUCGACUCUCUUGUGGUGCAGUUACUACAUCAUUAGAGGAAACAAUGAAUGAGGUCAUGAAUAAAUGCUUCCCAUCAGACUCCUUGAGGGUUGAUGACCCGUUCCAUACUGCCUUGCGUAACGAAAUGAGCUUUCCCCUCAACACAGAUCUUGAGCCACCAUUUACAGAGGCAGAAAUUGAUACGAUUGUCAAGAACCUUAAGCUUAAUAAAGCCCCAGGUCCUGAUUGUAUUCCUAAUGAAACAGUUAAAUAUAUACACAAUAUGUUUCCAAACUUACUUCCUAAACUUUUUAAUGCCUGUUUGAGGCUUAGUUGCUUUCCACCUAAUUGGAAGAGGGCUGAUGUCAUUCUAAUUCCCAAAAAUAUUGAUUCAUGUACACCUCAUUUAGAUAACAUUAGAUGCAUCAGUCUCUUACCAACUUUUGGUAAAUGUCUAGAAAAACUUUUAGCCAAUAGACUAACUUGGUUCUUGCACAGCAAUAAACUUUUAAACGAAUCUCAGUUUGGUUUUACUCCUCAAAAGAGUUGUGAAGAUGCACUUUUACUAUUAAAAGACCUUGUAGGCCUGGGUAAGAAGAAGAAUCUCCAUACAUUGCUUAUCUUUUUAGAUAUACGUGGAGCCUUUGAUUUCGCCUGGUGGCCUGGCAUAAUUAAGUUGCUUAGAAAAUAUAAUGUGCCACGCAACAUUUUCAAUACCAUUAAAGACUUUUUGUGUGAGAGAUCUGCCACUCUAACACUUGAUCACCGUACCAUCCUUCGCUCUCUUGAAAGAGGCUGCCCUCAAGGCUCAGUCCUUGGACCCCUGCUCUGGAACAUUAUUCUUAAUGAACUUUUAAAUAUACUUUCAAACAUCAAUGGCUGUAAAACAAUUGCUUUUGCUGAUGACCUUUUAAUCUGCUUGCAAGGCAAAUGUGAGGACACUAUUUUUUUACUUGCGCAAACCAUCCUAGACAUUAUUGUUAAAUGGUCCAAAGAACAAAAACUAGAUUUCAAUUCGAAUAAGUCCAAAAUCAUGGUUAUCAAAAAGAAAAAUAAAGACUACUCGAAUCAACAACUUUACCUUGAUAAUAACCUUCUGGAUUUUGUUAGUGAAAUUAAAUAUUUGGGACUUAUUCUUGAUGAUAAUUUGAAUUGGAAAAAACAUAUUGCUUACUUAUCAAAAAAAUGCGAAAAUAUUCUUCAAGGAUUAAAUCGGGUCUCAUGCAAUACUUUUGGUUUAAAGUUCAAUGUUAUGAGUUUAAUUUACAAACAGGGAAUUGUUCCUUUCAUUUGCUACGCAUCUAGAGUAUGGGGUAAUGCCCUACUUAAAAAAGUUAAUGUACGUAAUCUGCGUAGAGUUCAGAGAAGAAUUCUUCUUAGAAUUGUGCGGGGAUACAGGACUAUUAGUUACGAUGCUUGUUUCGUCUUAUCAGGUUUUCCUCCCAUUGAUAUUUAUAUCUUACAGGACAUGGAUUAUAAAAACAAUAUCAGCAACAUCUCAUUAAGUUCUAAUUUCUCAUUAACUAAUGUUCCACAUCCAGGUAAUCGAAAACCUAUUGAUACCAUUAAAUUCUGCAAUAGUUUUGAAAGUGACUUUCCGAUCGUUUGCUAUACAGAUGGAAGUAAAUUAAAUAACAGAGUUGGCCUGGCUUUUGUGAUCUUUUAUAAUAAUAUUGAAAUGGAGAACCACCUGAUUAGAAUUCCUGAUGACUGCAGUGUUUUCCAAGCUGAGCUUUUGUGUCUUUACCACUCUAUUAAAUGGAUCUCAAACAACUCAUCUCUUUCAUCAAAAUUCCUCAUCUGUUCAGAUUCCCUUUCAUCCCUUUUUGCACUUAAAUGUAUUACUUCAUUUAACAGAAUUAUUGUAAAUUCGCAGAUUAUUUUAAAUGAACUCCAAUCCGAGGGUAAAUCUGUGCUCUUUUCACAUGUCCGAGGCCACUCCGGUGUUCUGGGUAAUGAAAGAGCUGACUUUCUGGCGAAACAAGCGACUAAUCUUGAUUCCAUUUGUGAUAUAAGUCCCCCAAAAUCUUUUUUUAGACUUUCAGCCAGACAUAAAGUUCAAACUGUGUGGAAUGAACAAUAUCAAGCUUCUACAAAUGCUUCACUGACUAAACUCUUCUUUCCAUCUGUUAAUCAAAGACUCAAUAAUCAACAUUUUUUCUGCAACUUUCAUGUGACGCAAUUUCUCACUGGACACGGCAACUUCAAGGCAUAUUUGAAAAGAUUUGGCUUAAGUUCCAGUGAUCUGUGUGAUUGCAAUAUUGGAGGAACACAAGACGUUGAGCAUUUUAUUGUAAAAUGCUCACAUUUUGAGAAAAAUAGAAAAAACUUAAUAAUUGCCUUAAAGUCGCUCAAUAUUAACUAUCCCCCUCCUCUUCGCACUUUUGUGGGAAACAAAACCGUCUUCAAACUUUUCUGCAAAUUCAUUGAUUCAGUUUUUAAUGCAAUCUUAUAAAUCAGUUUGUUUUAUGUACUAUUUUUAUUUUUCCUUUUCUCAUCCUUUUUGCAAAUGUUUUUUUUUAUUUUUUUUUUUUUUUACUUUUAUUAUUAUUAUUAAUUUUUUUUUCUCCCUAAUUUUUCAUGCCCUUUUAGUAUGUAUAUCUGUUUAAAUAUCCUACAUUGUUUGAUACCAUACUUACGUCUGUAAGCCUCGUGUUGUACUUUUUCAGUGGUGCACGAGGAAUCUUUUUGUUAUUGAAUA